AUCUUCCAACUUUUGGCUCAACCGCAUCCAGUCCUUUCUCUACUGCAAUGAAAAUGGCCUCCUGGGAAGCUUUUCUGAAGAGACUCACACAUGCACCUGCCCUAAUGACCAGGUUUCCUGCCAUGGGUUCCUUCCCUGCACAGUUGGAGAUGGCUCUGCUUGCUUGAGCUGUGCGCCUGACAAUCGCACCCGCUGUGGGAGCUGCAAUGCCGGCUACAUGCUGAGCCAAGGGCUUUGCAAACCUGAAGUGGCAGAAUCAACAGAGCACUACAUUGGGUUCGAGACUGAUCUUCAGGACCUGGAAAUGAAGUAUUUAUUGCAGAAGACAGACAGGAGAAUUGAGGUCCAUGCCAUUUUCAUCAGCAAUGACAUGCGCCUCAACAGCUGGUUUGAUCCUUCUUGGCGCAAACGGAUGCUCCUUACUCUUAAGAGUAACAAGUACAAGUCUAGCCUGGUCCAUAUGAUACUGGGCCUCUCUCUUCAAAUUUGCCUAACUAAAAACAGCACCUUAGAGCCCGUUCUUGCUGUUUACGUCAACCCUUUUGGGGGCAGCCACUCUGAGAGCUGGUUUAUGCCUGUGAAUGAAAAUAAUUUCCCUGACUGGGAGCGGACUAAACUGGACUUACCCCUUCAGUGUUAUAACUGGACGCUGACUCUGGGAAAUAAGUGGAAGACAUUUUUUGAAACUGUACACAUCUAUUUAAGGAGUCGAAUAAAGUCAAAUGGUCCAAAUGGCAAUGAAAGCAUCUACUAUGAACCCCUGGAAUUUAUUGAUCCCUCAAGAAAUCUGGGCUACAUGAAAAUCAAUAACAUACAAGUGUUUGGCUACAGCAUGCAUUUCGACCCAGAAGCAAUUCGAGACUUGAUUUUGCAGCUGGACUACCCCUAUACUCAGGGAUCACAGGACUCAGCACUCUUGCAGUUGUUAGAGAUACGAGAUCGUGUAAAUAAACUCUCUCCACCUGGUCAACGUCGUCUAGACCUCUUCUCUUGCUUGCUCCGUCAUAGACUCAAACUGUCUACCAGUGAAGUGGUGAGGAUUCAAUCUGCUUUGCAGGCCUUUAAUGCCAAAUUGCCAAACACAGUGGAUUAUGACACAACCAAAUUAUGUAGUUAACCAUAAAUGUGAAGCACAACACAAAACUUUGAAGGAGUUUUUACAGUGCUUUUGUGGAACAGUUAAUGUUUGGAAGAGUAAAUUUAAAUUGUCUUUUCAAUAUCUGUCUUAUAUCAGUCAAUACUGUUGGAUGGCAAUUUACACACAUGAACUCGCUGACAAUGAAUAUAUUAUACCUGCAGUUUUGGUUUAUGAAUGAAAUAAAUACUGACACCUGUCUAGAAGACAUUCUACUUUUUACAAUAAAUUUCAUUUGUAAUUUUAUAUGUUCCGUGGCAAUGCUUUUGUGCAUUACAUCCUCUAGAAGGAACAUAGAAGGAUACCAAUAAAAUUUUGUAGCUGAACAGUUA